UCAACAGCUGGGCAACCCGAAGAAUAACAGCUGUUGCUGGGGGAAAAAUAUAUGUUUCUAUUGAUAAGAUAAGGCAGACAAUUUAUUGCAUCUUAAACUGACCUUCAAUAAGUACGUGGAUACAACAAUUAAUCGCAAUUCCCAAACGCAACUAAUCAUUCCACAACUUGUCCAACAGUGCGAUUCAUAUCAAGUAUCCGCAAGAUGAGCCAAAAUACAUCUGGUGUUCAACUUUCUGCUUUACGCUUAAAGUAUCACGAGAGGAAAGAUGCCUUUCUGGAGGAGAACAUCAAGGUGAAGAAUCCAUUUUGUGUAUUCCGUGAUUGGCUGGAUGAGGCUCUUAAUACCAAAGAAAUACUCGAGCCAAAUGCAGCAGCCUUGGCGACUGUAAAUGCCGAGGGAAAACCUUCGAAUCGCUUUGUUCUGGUCAAAGAGGCCACUGCCGAGGGAUUUACUUUCUUCACCAACUAUGGCAGUCGCAAGGCGGAAGACAUUGCUAGUAAUCCAAAUGUGGCAAUUUCUAUUUACUGGCUGCCACUACGUCGCAGUAUUCGGAUUGAGGGUGUGGCAGAAAAGAUAUCGCAGGCAGAUUCACUUAAAUACUUCCAUGAGCGUCCACGAGCCAGUCAAAUUGGAGCAGCAGCUAGUCCCCAAAGUCAACGAAUUCCGUCUCGCGGCUACCUCGAUGAGGUUGAGUCUGGCAUUAAGGCCAAGUUGGGAGCCGAAGGUGAAGUUCCAUUACCGAAUUGGGGCGGCUAUUUGGUGCGUCCCAGUUUAAUUGAAUUUUGGCAAGGACAAACCGAUCGUCUGCAUGAUCGUAUACGUUUCAGACGUGGUGCAAAUGUUGAGAAGGAAGUUGAUGGCAAACUAAUUCAUGCCGGUCAGGAUGGUUGGAUCUACGAGCGGUUGGCACCUUAAAAAGCUGACAAAAGACGUAGAGAUUGACAUAUUCCGUGCAUUUGCCAUGUCUUCCAAAUGUUAAAAAUUAUAGAUUAAAUAAAACUCAUUUGUUAUCAGGUAUUAAGUCACGAAGUGUUAAAAGCUAGAAACAUAUUACAUAUUACCUUUUCGAAAGCUCUCA